GUGGUAUGUAGGCAAAUGUACACUGAAAAAGAGUUGGUACAAACCUUGACUGCUACAACAUCAAUCUUUAGGGCAGCAAGUACUGCCAACUCCGGUAUAUCUAUCAAAGAUGCUGUAAAAUACUCAUCAAUCGCAAUCAACACACCACCACCUCUUGAGCAACCAGUGGUUACAUAA